AUGUACAAGCUCACACUCGCUGCUCUCUCCGCUCUCGCGCUCGCCGGUGCUAUCACAGUAGAAUCUCCGGAUAAAGAUACCAUCUGGCAAUCUGGGACUUCGUCUCAAAGUAUCUCUUGGAAUGCCGUUUCCACCGAUCCAACAAGUUUCGUUGUACAACUUGUCAACCAGGCUGGAUUCCUUACCGACUCUCCUGUAACACUCAUCGCCAACCAAUCGACCGGAUCAUCCGAUAUCGUCAACACUGCUACUGUCAGCUACCCUAAUGGAAACUGGCCUGAAGGAACAGCUUUCCAAAUCAAUUUCAUGUCAUCAGACAAGAGUAAUGCUGCUAUCCUCGCUCAAUCAAAUCAAUUCAAUAUCACUUCAGGUGGUUCUUCCUCUUCUUCUUCUUCUUCCGCAUCGUCUUCAUCUUCAGUCUCAAGUUCAGCUACAAGUUCAGCGACUGGUACUUCUCCAACUACCAUGAGUCAAGCUUCCACUACUGCAGCAGCUUCCUCAGCCGCAGCUUCAGAUUCCACCGGAAACAUUCCCAACUCUUCAAACUCAACAACUUCCUCGUCCACUUCAGGUGCAUCAUCAGUUGGUCCCAAAGGAAUGUUGGCCACCUUUGUCGGUGUAGUUGGUCUAGCUGCAGUUUUCGCUUAA